AGGGUUUAUCAUUCACGCUAUGUCACGUGAUUGUUUCUGUUUUCAGCUGAUCAUCGCUGGAGCGCUAGGAAUUGCAGCAUGGCCUAAGCRAAAUCGUGGAUUGAUGGUCGGUUUCCUUGUGAUGUGCAUCAUUGCAUGCAUAAUUUCUUCAAUCCAGGCCAUUGUAUCUGGAAUUGCUCAUGCUCUUUGGGUUGCAUUUACCGGUGAUGCCAAAUGCUAUACCAGUGGAAGUGGCUGUAUUUGCACCAACAACAGAGGACAGCGCCAAUAUGUGAACGACCCUAAAGGCUGUGAUCUGAUUACCACACUAGUUGCUGGUCUUCUUGCUUUUAUCAUUUUAAGUGUAUUUGGUGCAUUGUUUACUUUGGCUGGUUCAAUCAUUGGUUGUAUGGUCUCAUGUGGCACUACCCAGUCUCCUGGGGCCGUGGUGGUCCAUCAGCCCGCGACUGGAGUUAUCGUUACAUCGCAAAGUAAUCAAGGAGUAAUGUACCCGAAUCAAUACCCCCAACAGCCAACAGGAUACCCGCUACAAGCCCAGGGAUAUCCGAUCAAUCAAGCACCUCCUCAGUAUGCAGAGAAAGCGCUAGCACCAUAGCUAGUAUUUCCAGGAAAUGCACAUUUUAAGGUCAUUUCGGCUUCGUAUUAAUUAAAACUACAACUAAAUGCGCAUGUCCACUGCUUUGGAUGGUCUGGCGACCAUAUAAUUUCGUCAAAACAACAAAAUGUUUCGAUGUGACGUUAUGGUUAAAGAACUCUUUUAGUUCAUUUUAAGGCCAACUUUUUUACACGGUCCAACUCAUUUUCCUUACAACCAUCUCAUGCAACCUGCUUACGACAUGUAUUGCCUUUAGCUUACGACACAAAAAGCUUGCGUGCGAUAUUUCCCGUUUGCUCUUGAUUCUUUCUUGAAAUAAUCUUUGCUGUGGCAAUUAAACACGUACUUUUUCUGUUCCCCAAGAUAUCAGCUUUUCCAUGUCUUUCACUGUGAAUUUUACGUCUUCUCGUUUUUCGCAUGUUUUGCCGGUGUGUACACAUGUGUGUCGGCCAUUUUGAAAAACAAAUUUUCCGCUGCCCUCCCCACUAGAAUUUUGUAAACAUCGCAUGUCUUAAAAUCGUACAAGCUUUUUAUUGUCGUACACCACAGUUGUAAGCUAGUAGUAGGGUCUAUUUACACGAUACGAUUCGUGUUGUAGGGAUGUCGUAGGCAGGUUGCAUGCGAUGGUUGUUAGGAAAAGUCAGUUGUGCUACUCCUACGAAACCGCCUCAAUUUUUAAAAGCUUUCAGUAAAUUUAAAAAUGGUUACUCAGUAACAACAAACGAACUCAGACGUCUCAAUGUCUAGGUAUAUUGUAAAUGGUAAAGCAUGCAUUUUGGAUAAAUACUAUUUAUCCAAAAUGCAUGCUGAAAUAGCACAAGCAGAAAGCCAUCGUUUCGAAUCAUAUAUGUAAAAAGAUCCUGUAAAGUUACAGCAGAAACAGUUGCAUCGCGACUUCAAUGUUCAAAAGAAAUCGUUAGGGUCUUUAUGCGACUUGGGAGCGGAGCUUGCUGCAAAUCAGCCAAUGACUGAACGAGUUUACAAAAAGCUCCUCCCCUAUAGAUCGAAGGUGAACAAAUUCAAACAUACUUCGAAACGAAGAAGUUGCGAUGCAACGAUUUUCGCUGUGGCUUGUAAACGUUAGUACACUACAGCAAAAAGUAUUCAGUGUUCAGAAGUUUAUACAGUCAACUCUCUCGUAAGCGAUCACCUCGGGAUCAGGAAAAAGUGAUCGCUUACGAGAGAUGGCAGCUUACGAGGUUUUUUUACAGAGUUUAUAUGGGAAACUGAACAAAACGGGAAAUUUAAAAUAUUCUGAGAUUUUGCCGGCUAUGGGAAGAACUGGCAAACUACCUUAACUAUUUAUAGCUGGCUCAUCUUCGUUUUAUUUCCAGCGGAGUAUAAAACUAAAGCUAAAGCUUUCAAACCUCGUCAAUAAAAAUGUAUCGUCCGACACGUCA